AGCCCCCCCACCGUCGCCGCCUGCUCUUCGCUUGCAGCCCCACUCCUGCGCCGCAGCCCACGGGGAAAGUGCUGUUUGGCGCGUCGGCUGCUGGCGGACUGUCCCCUGUCACCAACCUGACGGUCACCAUGGACCAGCUGGAAGGGCUAGGCAGUGAGUACGAAAAGCCAAUGGAAGUGAGAAACAACAGCAGUCUACAGAGAAUGGGCUCCUCUGAAUCCACUGAUUCAGGUUUCUGUCUAGAUUCUCCUGGGCCCUUGGACAGUAAAGAAAACCUUGAAAUUUCCCUGAGGAGAAUAAAUUCCCUACCUAAGCUCUUGGGAUGUAGCCCGGCGCUGAAGAGGAGCCAUUCUGAUUCUCUAGACCAUGACAUCUUUCAGCUCAUCGACCAGGAUGAAAAUAAAGAAAAUGAAGCAUUCGAAUUUAAAAAGCCAAUAAGACCUGCAUCUCGUGGCUGCCUGAAUGCCCAUGUACAUGAGGAGAGUAAAGAUUUCUUCACACACAGGCAGAACUCAGCCCCAGCUUGUAUGCUAUCUUCAAAUGAAAGUGAUAACAAUGAAUCAGGACAUUUCAGUCCUCUUUUUACAUCCCAGUCCCCUGUGAAAGCCACUUUGUCUGAUGAGGAUGAUGGCUUCAUAGACCUUCUCGAUGGAGAGAAUCUGAAGAAUGAUGAGGAGACCCCUUCGUGCAUGGCGAGCCUCUGGACAGCUCCCCUUGUCAUGAGAAGACCUACAAACCUUGGCAAUCGAUGCAGGCUGCUUGACUCCUCUUCCCCGUGCAGCUCCAGCAGCAGCUCCAGCACUCGGGCAAUGUUGAAGAGAACAGAGCGCUCUCGUGACGAGUCCCCUCGAGGAAAUACAAAGCGGAGGAAGAGCAUGGCCAGUCCUGUAAAGGCAGAUAAUCUAGAGCCAACCCAAGAGCUUCUACACCAGUCUUUAUCCCUGACAUCCUCACCCAAAGGAACCAUUGAGACCAUUUUGGACAGUGACCCAAGAGACCUUAUAGGAGAUUUCUCCAAGGGUUAUCUCUUUCAUACAGUCUCUGGGAAGCAUCAGGAUUUGAAAUAUAUUUCUCCAGAAAUUAUGGCAUCUGUUUUGAAUGGCAAGUUUGCUAACCUCAUUAAAGAGUUUGUUAUCAUUGACUGCCGAUAUCCAUAUGAAUAUGAAGGAGGUCACAUCAAGGGUGCCGUGAACUUGCACAUGGAAGAAGAGGUUGAGGAGUUCUUACUCAAAAAACCUAUUGUACCUACUGAUGGCAAGCGUGUCAUUGUCGUAUUCCACUGUGAGUUUUCUUCUGAAAGAGGCCCUCGCAUGUGCCGAUAUGUGAGAGAAAGAGAUAGGCUUGGCAAUGAAUACCCCAAACUCCACUACCCCGAGCUGUAUGUCCUAAAGGGGGGAUACAAAGAGUUCUUCCUGAAAUGCCAGUCUCACUGUGAGCCCCCCAGUUACCGACCAAUGCACCAUGAAGACUUUAAAGAAGACCUGAAGAAGUUUCGUACCAAGAGCCGGACCUGGGCAGGGGAAAAGAGCAAAAGAGAGAUGUAUAGUCGCCUGAAGAAGCUUUGA